UGGUGAACCAGGCGUUUUGGGGUGUUUUUCAAUCAGGAUUCAAGUUUUCUUACAGUCAUGAUUGGAUUCCUGUCAUAUGUGGUGUAUUCCUAGAUAUGUAUUUUUGUGUUACAGUCGUGGCAGAGUUGAGGACCCAAACACAGAGAGGUAUGAGAGCACGUCGAGCGACGAGUCCAGUGGAGAGGACAAGGAAAAAAUGGAUGUCAAAGGAGAGGGGGACAGCUCAGAGGCAGAGGAAAAACACAAGGAGCCUACUUCAGCAGAAAAGCCUAAGGAGGGAGCAGAUGCGCAUGGGGAAGAUGCUGAAAUCUUGCAUGCUGAAGAAGGUGCGGUAGCUGCACAGAAAGAGAGCAGCAAACAUCUGCUGGAUCCAGACACUAGCCAGGAGCUUCUGGGGCUAGAGGAUGAAGGGGAAAAAGUUGACAAGCAUUUUAUAGAUGCCUGCCUCUAUGUUAAGGAUCGCAUGGAGGAGGUAACGUCUCCAGAUAAAGAAAUGCGUCAAGUUUUAGUGGUCCUGUACCAGGAAUGGUUCAAAGUUUCCAGUCAGAAAACUUCGGAGGCCGACACCGUCCGAUUAUACCUGCGCCAAGUGGGAUUGACCACACCGACUCUCCUGCCAUAUGUUGUAAACCUGACCGACGGCAACGGGAAUAUGGCGCUCCACUACAGUGUCUCGCAUUCAAACUUCCCCGUGGUCAAACUGCUGCUUGAUACUGGACUUUGUGAAACGGACAACGUGAACAAGGCAGGCUAUACGCCAGUGAUGCUGGCUGCAUUGACAGCUGCUGAGAGUCCCGACGAUUUAGAGGUCGCGCAACAACUGCUGAAACUCGGUGAUGUUAACGCGCGCUCCAGACAGAUGGGUCAGACAGCUCUGAUGCUAGCCGUGAGCCAUGGCCGUCUUGCCAUGGUGAGGUUGCUGCUCAAUUGUGGCGCAGAUGUAAAUGCUCAGGAUUAUGAGGGAUCCACGGCCUUGAUGUGUGCCAGCGAGCACGGCCACACUCACAUUGCUGGCCUCCUGCUGGAGACAGGUCACUGUGACACCAGCCUCACAGAUAAGAAUGGACAGACCGCGAAGCAGGUGGCAGAAGGAUCUUCCCACCCAGAUGUUGUUGACCUCAUCAAGGCCCACGACCAAGCAAAGUGUGGCCACUGAGCUAAAGUGACGUGUCCUCCAAACCGGCUCCCGAUGUUACCAUCACAGAGCUGUGAAUGCUGAAAAAAAAAAGAUGCACCUAAAUGAACCCCCCCCCCCUCCUCCGCAACCCCUGCUCUGUACAUCAGUGCAUUUUUUUCCAUUGAAGCUGCGGGAGCUCACAAGCAAACUUCAGAGACAGAUUGUUCAUAUUUGCUUGCACAUCGCAGUCAACACGUUGCCUGAGGUUCUCAUAGAUAUGCUUCAUCAACUUCCCGGUGGACACCACAAUAGUCGACUUGAUUAAAAGAGGUCACGUGACAGCGAAAAGGAUUUUUACAUCCUGGGGAAUAAAAUGAAAAUUUGACGAGCGACAUGUAGAUGGAAAGAGACUAACUGCUGCCUCUUUAUAAUAAUCUGCAAGCGUAACACAGAGCACAGAAUCUACCUUUGGAAUAUACAGUAUAUAUAGUACAAUAUGUAGGAUAUACCCUGACAAUUCAGUAGAUAUAUACAUAUAUUUUUUAUCUCCAUUGACAUAUUUUUGAAAGGCAGAGGUAAGCCAUUAUUCAAAGCAUAUAUGUCGCAAUAUUCAGAACCCAAGUGUGUACAAACACAGAUUGUGUAUUUUCUACUAUGUUUCAAUUUUUAUUUUUUGGAUAUUGUUUUGUAAAUACUCAGAUCAAUGUCCAGACCUUUAGCUGAAGUAUUAGUACACAUUUUUUUUAAAAAGUAAUAAUAUCAUUGUUUCCCAUAACCCAGCUGAUAUUUUACAUGCAUUCAGUGUCUUACCGGUAUUUUAUAACACUAAUUAAAUGUGUGUGAGUGUGUGUGCGUGUGUGUGUGUGUGUGUGUGUGUGCGUGUGUGUGUGAAUUUUUCAAGAAACACUGAUGCGAUAUAAGUAUCCCGAUCAGAAAAGAAUGAAACAGAAUAAAAUACAUUUGAUAACCAAUACAUGUCUCUAAUUUCAAAAGUUAAAAAGUCAUUCCUUUUUCUUUUUUUUUUCAAAGAGAUUGUAUGCAUGCCACACAGAUGUUUGUUUUGUUGGCUGUCAACAGCAAAAAAAAAAAAAACAACAACAACAACAAACUAAUCCCCAGUAGAAAAACAAAUCCUUAUUUCUGUUAGGCUCCUUGUGUUUCAUAUGCGACAUGCACAAUGAAUGUCUUGACUGGUCAAUGCAUUCAUACAUAUUGAUAAUAAGAAUAAUAUAGCAAUUACAACUAUUGGGACAAACUUCCAGUAUAUAUCGCAGAGAAAAGUCAUGAUACAGCUGUAUCAACUGCAUUUGAUCUGUUGUUGCAAAACUUGAUGAAAUGUGUACAGUACAUGACAUGGAUAACAUAGAAGACUUUUAACCCCGAGGUUAUAAAGAAUGUCAAGAAUAUGAAAUUAUGAAUGAAGCUGAAGUUGAGUCCUAUCAUGUCAUGUCCGACUGAAUUGUUGAUGUGAGAUGCUUCUCUGAACUUAUUUUGGUCAUUCAACAAGGCAGUAUUGCUUCACUUUGUCCAGGUAGGGGUCUCAUGAGACAUUUCCACUUGUGACCUCUGCAAAAAAGAAACAACAAAUGUGUUUUUAUCUGAACAAACCUGACUGACAUUUCACAAAACAACGCCACAGAGCUACAUCAGAAACGGUGCGUUAAUGUUAUUCCUCUCAUUCACUGCAUUGUAAAAAAAAAAAAAGUGUGCUCAUACGAAAAAGCAUUUGUGGGCUCGUAAAGAAUUAUUCAAGAGUGCAAGUGUGUUCAGAAUUCAAAACAUAUACUGUGAAUACCUAAACUCAGCAACACAAAUGAUUUUCACAAGUGGCAAUUACACAAUAAGAUGAACUGCGAAUGAUGUGAAACACUCGCCAGGAAAUUGUCUCAUUUGAGAUUUUAUUUCAGUAAUUGAUUGCGUAUCAAUGCACAAAUGGACGGCCUCGCCACCGCUCAUCUUUCAAAGGACAGUUACCGUACAUACUGUAUGUGUCGUGAGAAGAAUUUGGAUCUUAUGUGCCAAUUGUCCAUUUGAAAAUCUCAUGUGUAUGUUUGAUCCAGUGUGACACACUACAAUGAUAAGAAGGUUAUGCUGCCAAAGACUUGACAUCAAAUACAAUUCACAUGGGGUUAAAUAUGUAUUUUUAUUUGUUCUUGUAAUGCCAGCCAAACACAUGUAUAUACGGCAUUGUGGAAACUAUAUAACCUCUAUUGUCAAACAAUACAUUCAAUAAAUAAUGUAACAUAUUUAUUUGAAAUGCUAUAUAUUUUGUACCACAUACAUAUAGUAUUAUAUAUCUAGAUAUAUAUAUAUGUAUGCAUGGACAGAUUAUUCCAGUGAGUGAAUUUUGACUUUGAGCAGUAGUAAAAUGAUCUUUGGAGUGAUGGGUGGUGUCGUAUUGGUUACUCUUUAAUGUGUCCUUCCACGUUACCAAUACACCGUUACACCUA